CCGCGCGGUGCCCGUCGGCAGUUAAACGGCCAAUCCCGCCGGGAGUAGGAGCCCCGCGUCCCGCUCGCCGCCCACUGGCGCUCCUCGAAGCAAAGCCCGCCUUUUUCCCGCAGCUCCGCCCGCUGAUGGCCGCCUGAGGCUGCCGCCAUGUUGCGUGGGGCCUCGGCGAGACGGGGACGGGGGCGGGGGCUGGGGCUGCUGCGCUGGUACCAGAUCCCGUUGUCCUCGGCCCGUGUGCCUCGCUCGGGGCUCUUUAGCUUUUCUUUCCAGUACAGCCUUUGUUCCUACCAGGAGCUCCGUGCCAGCAAGCACCUGCGGGUGGGCCGCCCCUUCCUCCCGCCUCCCCUCGGCCUGGUGAAUCCCUGUCCCUCGGCAUCCCCGUCCCCACCGCAGCCCCAGAGCGUUGCCAGUACUGAGCCAGCCUCUCCACAGCGUCCCACAGAGCCCCACAGUGCCUGCCAGGGGCCGUGCAAGGCACGACGGCCUCGUGCCAGUCCACGGCGUUCAGCCCAGCAGGGCUCAGCCACGCGCUCCGCACACAGCGUGGUACAGCCCAGCAGUGCCACCGAGAGUAAGAUAGUGCCACCGCGAGCAGAGGACGUGGCAAUGACAUCCUCCAGUGACAGCGAGGAGGAGCUGAUCCCUCUGAAGGAGCUGCUGGCGUGCAGUGGGCGCUCAAGCCCUGCUGAGCACAGGGAGGUGGCAUGCCUGCAGCCAGACCCGCUUGCCAACAGCCUGGAUGCGCUGCUGCUGGAGAAGAGGGAGCAGUACCUGGCUGACGCGGUGCAGGCCAGGCUGACGCGGGUGUGUGUGGACCGCGGCAGCCCCCAGGAGUCAUCAGACGAGGACACGCAGCUCCUCGAGGAGCAGAGGGCCUUCCUGUCACGCUUUGAGGUGAAGCUGCGCACCUUCCCCACCACGCAUCCCGGGGAGCCCAUCUUCCACGCCUGCCCGCUCCCACCGCCCACCCUUGACACCCGCGGGCUGCAGCCUCGCAGCGUCCUGGAGCAGAAUUUCCUCUGCGCCUCGCCUGCUGGCCAGGUGGCCUUCGUGCGUGACGGCUACCUGAACCUGCUGUACCGCACCAUGUCUGCCUGCCCGCUGCCCGUCCUGCACUGGCUCUUCCAGCUGAUGAGCACGUGGCCGGACAGGACCAACGCCUUCCGGACGCUUUGGGAGAUGUGGAUGAGAAGUGACGAUGAGCCCUGGUGCCCCACCCUGCAGGACAUCGGCCAGGCCUUCACCUGCAUGGGUGCCGACCUGGGGGCCCUGCGCUGCCGGCAGCUGCUGCCCCCCGAGCUGUGCCCCGUGGACACGAGGCUGGAUCCGUCGCGCUCCCUGGACGGGGCAAACCUCAGCGCCGCCGACACGCUGGCCCUGGUGACACAGCUGGGGGACAUCUGCAAGCUGCUGAUGGUGUCCGUGGUCGCCUGCCCGUGCCGCUACCCCGACCGUGCCCGCCGGGAGCUGGUGACGCUGCUCUGCUUCCUCAGCCUCGACCGCUCGCUGCGCUGCCAGCCGCUGCCCGACCUGUGGCACCUGCUGCACUGCCUGCUGGAGGGCAUCGCGGCCUGGAAGGAGCAGCUGCCCGCGCUCUGCCUGUCGCUCUGCCAGCUCUCCCGGCACCACCACAGCCUGCUUGCCGUCGUGCAGCUGCUACCGGAUAUCACCGACAGGGAGAGGGAGCUCCGCAGGCGCCUGAGCCUUUGUGCCAUGGCCCAGCUGCUGGGGAAGGCGCCGUGCACCGUGCUGUCCCUUGAGGCGCAGGAGGAGCUGCCGGUGCUGGACCAGCUCCUGGCGCAAUCCUGGCCGGAGAGCCUGCAGCUCCCCACGCGCCCCGGCGCACCGCAGGACCUGGAGCAGGAGACCUGCUACCUGUGCCACAGCCUCCUCUACCUCGCCGACGUCGUGGUGGGCACGAAGCGGCCGCAGGACGAGCAGCGGGGACACCUGCAGCGGCUCUGCACCCAGCUGGAGCAGCACUUUGGGUCGGCGCUGCGUGAGGGCAUGGGGCAGUUCUACUGCUCCCAGCUGAAGAACCUGGCCAUGGUGCUCUACGUCAAGUGGCACGAGCUGCUGGAGUAAGGGGCGCGCCCCAGGGCCCCCCUAUUAAACAGCCCCACGUCA